UUAAAAAUAAAACAUAACUUUUGGUGAAAAUGUGUUCAGGUGAUAUCUUGACCUUAUCAUGCCUGUUACGUAAGCUAUGUACGACUUUGCUUAUCUUGUAACAAAUGAUAUUCAGGCUAAUGUAUAUCUUAAUGUGACAUUAUUGUUUAGCUGGUAAAGUGACCACAGACGAUGAACUGGAAGAUAUGCUAGAAAGUGGCAACCCUUCUAUUUUUACUUGUGAUAUCAUCUCAGACUCCCAUAUCACUCGGCAGGCGUUGAAUGAGAUUGAAUCCCGACACAAAGACAUCAUCAAACUGGAAUCGAGCAUUAAGGAGCUGCAUGAGAUGUUUGUGGACAUGGCCAUGCUCGUGGAAUCUCAGGGGGAAACGAUAAAUAACAUAGAGAAACACGUAACAAAUUCAGUUGACUAUAUAGAACAUGCCAAAGAAGAAACAAAGAAAGCCUUGAAAUACCAGAGUAAAGCCAGAAGGAAAAGUUUUAUAAUUGCCAUAGUUGUGGUGAUUCUUCUUGGUGUAAUUGCACUAAUCAUUGGUCUCUCAGUGGGAAUUAAGUAGUUCCUCUCGCCUGCAGCACAAGGUAACUGUCAUAACAAAACUGCUGCUUCAGCUGAACUUGUUGUUUUUUCAUCUAUAUUUGCUUAUUUCAAUUCUUAUAUUCUUUUUAUGCAUAAAGCAUUAUCAUACAGAUCUAAUGUCCUUUGUGUUUUUUUGUAAUUAAUAUUAUUUUAAACAUGCUGUCAUGUUUUUUGUCAUCUUUCCAUUGUACUGUUAGCUGCCUAAAUUAUAAUAAUUUGAAUGUAACAUAGUUGUUAUAGCGUAUGAACUGUAUUUAUACCUAUUUACAACUUUAUUUCUACAACAUCACAUAGAGUAUGUACUAUAUGCAAGUCAACAAGCACACAUCUAGAGAUAAA